CCUGAUUGGUGAUUUCCCCAUCAUUUUUAGGUCAUCUUCCACUCCACUUGGGCAAACCUCAGCCUCGCCAUGGCAUGGCCUACUACUUCAAUAGAUCCCGAGCUUGAGCGCCGCCUUAGAGACGAGAUCAUUUACCUCCAUUCCCUUUGGUACCAAGCCCCACCUCACCUCGCCGCCGCCGUACGGCACCGCCUCCAGCCCCUUCAAACCACCCAAUUCAAGAGAAAGGGCACCGCAGCCGAAUCGAACUCAUCUCCCGGCCCCGAAUGGCCAAUUCAGGAGCCCAAACCCGACCCGAGCCCACAAUUGGUUACCCCCGAGGAGCAAUCGAAGCUCGCUUCAAAAAACGCUCACCGGACGGCUCUAAAAGCCGUCGCCCAAUUCCUCACCGCAGCCGCCGAUGAUGAUUCCGAUGCAAUUGCCGUCGCCGGUGACGACGAUGAUGACGAUGACGAUGAUGACGACGAGUCCGCGGUGGACUACUCCACAUUUUUCCACAAACUGUUCGACGAGGACGCCCAAUUGCGGGAAUUCUACGCAAAUCACUACGCCGACGGCGUGUUCCCUUGUUUGGUGUGCGGCGGUUUGGGCGGCCGGAAAAAAUGUAAGAAUUUCAAAGGCUGUCUGCCCCUGGUGCAGCAUUCAAUCACCUUAUCCAACACAAAGAAUCGGAAAGCUCACAGGGCGUUAGGGCAGGCCAUUUUACAGGUUCUGAAUUGGAAAAUGGAUCAGCUCCCUGCUAUUGCAUCCUUGCUGAAUAAGAACUCCGCCCUGGAAGAGGGGAAUGUUGCUGCUGAUGGAGUUGCUAAUGUUGAGGAUGAUCAUGGAGGUCUUGAUGCCGGCAAUGUGCCCAAAAACGACCACCAAGGAAAUGUGAAUUCGUCAGCUUCGCCCAAUGUGGAGAAUCCGAGAAUAACAGCGUCGGAAGGAUUCACAAGUGUGACACCGGUCGAAAUCCCGGGUGUUGGGAAUGAAUGCAGGGAUUGGUGAUCGACGACGACGACGACGAUAACAAUAACAACAAUGGGUUCAGAAAUUGGGGUAUGUAUUUAUGAAUGAAUGUUUAAGUCUCUGUUUCAAUAACAAAUAUAAAUAUAUUUUUUUUUUU